AUGGCCGACCGCACGGCGGCGGCGGGAUUCCUGCUGCUGGGAUCCUCGGAGGUCCGGGAGCCGCGGCCGGUCCAGGCCGCGCCGUUCCUCCCGGUCUACCCGGCGGCCCCGGCGGGGAACCUCCUCGUCGUCGCCGUCGCCGUCCUCGACCGGCGCCUCCGCGCCCCCGUGUACUUCUUCCUCGGGCGCCUGUCGGUCGUCGACCUCUGCCACGUCUCCGUCGCCGUCCCCCGGUCCGUCCACAACGCCCUGACCGACAACAGAUCCGUCUCCCUCCCGGGCCGUGUCCUUCAGGUGUUUUCCCUCCUGCCGUUCGCCCGUGCCGAGCUGUACUUCCUGACGGCCGGGUCCCACGACCGCUCCGUGGCCAUCCGCCUCCCCCUGCGCUACGAGGUCAUCGUGAACGGUGGGGCCUGCGGGAAGAUGGCGGCCGCCUCCUGGCUCGGCGGGGGCCUCUCCGCCCUCACGCACACGGCCGCCACCUUCUCCGUCCCCUCAGGUGGGUCCAGCGUGAUCCACCGGUUCUUCUGCCAGAGCCCUCAGAUCGGUGAACUUGCCCACUCCAGUGGGAAGAUUCAGGAGGAUGCAGUCACCUCCUUCUCCGCCCUCCUGGCUUCCGCCCGCUUCGUCUCCAUCGCCGUCUCGUACGCGCGCGUCUUCCGGGCCGUGCUGAGGAUGCCGGCCGCCCAGGGCCGGGCCGGAGCCUUCUCCACCUGCCUGCCCCGCCUCGCCGUCGUCACCGUCUCCGUCUCCCUUCCUCAGGCCCGUGUCGGACUCCCCCUCGACGCCGGACCCGCUGGUGUCCCCGUUCUACGUCGCGGUGCCCCCGGCCCUCGACCCCCUCAUCUACAGCCCGAGGAACCGGGACCUGAAGGCCGCUCUGGGGACCUGAAGCUUAUCAGCGGGAGAUAA